UUCCGUCUUCUAUAAAUCUCUCCCACACUCCACUCUUGGCUCUCUCACACACAAACAAACUACCUCCCUUCCACUUCUGCAAGAGCUAGAUAGAGCCGCAAGAUGUCCAGCAGAAGGUCCAGGAUCUCAGAGGAGGAGAUCGCUGAACUCCUCUCCAAGCUCCAAUCUCUUCUCCCGGAGGCCCGCCGGCGAGGCACGAGCAGAGCUUCAUCUGCGAAGCUACUGAAAGAGACAUGCAACUACAUCAAGAGCCUGCACCGGGAGGUCGACGACCUUAGCGACCGCCUCUCGGAGAUGAUGGCGACCAUGGACAUGGACAGCGCACAGGCCGAGAUUAUAAGGAGCCUCUUCCGUCCGUGAGCUGAGAUAUACAACCCAGGGAAAGAUCGACUUACUUACACAUGUUUCACGCAGUGUGAUCUAUCCAAGCUCUCGUAGGACUAAAGAUAACACUGGCUAUCUUUUAAUGUACAUUUUCUCUUUGAGGUCUGGCUCGAGUUGCUUCGUCUAUAGACAACCAACCGACCACUAUGAAAAGCAUUCAUGUCCUUCAUGCAGUUCCUACUCGAUUAAUUACUGCUAUAUUUUGUUUAUUGCUUC